CGUCUUGCGAGAGUUUGAGUUAGUGCCGCUUUUUCGUGUGCGUGUUUUAUAAAACUUUGUACGUUCUGUGAAAAGUUUUUUGAUGCACUUCUUUUGGAAUAUUCUUACUUCUUCGUCCGGUCGGUAGUUGAGAUUCCAGAAAGGCAGCUUUAUAAAGGGAACGAAAGGUGUGCCGAUUGCGUUCUGAAACGUGGGGGAUUUCGAAGCAGAUGAAGUUGAAGAACUUUUUUUUAUUUAGUGCUUUCCUUCCCGACGUCGUCGAACAAUGAAGGUGAAGGCGUCAUGAGCUGAAAAAAUGAAUCGUAGCGCUCUCGCCUGCUUCCUCCUGGUGUUAGCGCUCGCCCAGGAAAGUUUCGAAAAUUCGACAUCUCAACCGCCAUCAGGUAUCGACUUUAGGUUCCGAAAAUCGUCAUACAAUGUUAGCAUACCAGAAAAUAGCGUCGCCAAAGUGUACGCAAUUCCGGCACCUGGCGAAGAACGUAUCGGCAUAUACGUUCCUCAAAAUUCGUUUACGGACGUUAGAUAUAAGAUAGUAGGAAGUGCGCGCGAAAAAUUUUUUAAGGCUGAAGAUAAACUCGUAGGUGAUUUUUGUUUUUUAUUUAUACGAACACGGACAGGUAAUAGUGAUGUGCUUAAUCGCGAGAGAAAGGACAAGUAUAUUUUGGAAAUACGCGCAACCGCCACGAAAAGAGACGGAAAACAGAAGAUUACGCUCGAAACCGAGACGUCGAUAAUCGUCACGGUUUUAGAUACGAACGAUUUAACACCACUUUUUUACCCGACCGAAUAUAACGCGACGGUUUACGAGGAUACGCCGAUUCACCAGAGUAUCCUGAAGGUAACCGCCGAGGAUGCCGACUUGGGCCGUAACGGUGAAAUUUACUAUAGUUUUUUAGACAAUACCGAUCAGUUCGCCAUACAUCCAAUGACCGGAGUGAUCACGCUAACGCGCCCGUUACGGUAUAACGAGGGAUCGUAUUACGAAUUAACCGUGCUCGGUCAAGAUCGUGGACCGAUUCGUCCUAGUUCGAACUCCGUAAGUCAAGCGAAGGUACGCAUUCGUGUGAAAAAGGUGAAUCUCCACAAACCCGAAAUACACGUUCGUCGCCAUAGUAAAAUCGUGGAAAACUCGAACGCCGACAUAUACGCGAUUAUCAACGUUUCCGACAAGGACACCGGAAUACACGGCGAGAUUAAAUCGCUGGAGAUUGUUAGCGGGGACCCCGAUGGCCAUUUUCGCAUUCGGCCCACCAAGCAAAAGGGGGAGUACAAUAUCGAGGUACUAAAACUGCUGGACCGAGAGAAAACUCCGCAAGGUUACACGUUGCAGCUACGCGCCGUGGACCGAGGUAUUCCUCCUCUCCAAAGCUAUAAGUCGGUUCCGGUCCACCUCGCCGAUCUCAACGACAACGCGCCCGUGUUCAACAAGGAAAUCUACGAGGUGAAGGUGCCCGAAACCGCACCCGUUAACACCCCCCUUAUAAGACUGAAAGUCACCGACGCAGACGAGGGCAAGAACGCGCAGGUGUUUCUGGAGAUUGUCGGUGGAAACGAAGCCGACGAGUUUCACAUCAAUCCAGAAACUGGGAUGCUGUACACUGCGGUUCCUUUGGACGCCGAAACUAAGGCUUUCUAUAGUCUGACCGUCUCCGCAAUCGACCAGGGGAACGCGGGGACUCGCAAGCAAUCGUCGGCCAAAGUGAAAAUCUACGUCGUGGACACUAAUGACAAUGACCCAAUUUUUGAUAAGUCCGAGAUGACCGUGUGGGUGGACGAAAACAUGCCGGCGGGUACUCCAGUGACGACCGUGCACGCCAAAGAUAAAGACUCGGGGGAAAACGCUUACAUCUCGUAUUUGAUCGCAAAUUUAGUUAAGGUGCCUUUUGAAAUCGAUCAUUUUUCGGGAGUCGUGAAGACCACGAUGCUGUUGGAUUAUGAGAGCAUGCGUCGAGAGUACAUUUUGAGACUGAGGGCGUCGGACUGGGGGUUACCGUAUCGUAGACAGACGGAGAUGCAGCUGACAAUCAAAGUGAGAGGCGUCAACGACAAUAGGCCGCAAUUCGAAAAGGUGGACUGCACUGGUUACAUACCGAGGUACGUCCCCAUUGGUUCCGAAAUCAUCACAUUGUCCGCCAUCGAUUUUGAUGCCGGAAACAUUAUCAGCUACCAGAUAGUUUCCGGUAACGAAGAUGAGUGUUUUAAUAUUGACGCAACUUCUGGCACACUCACCGUGAGCUGCGAUUUGAACGAGCAAAAGGUGAACGAGCGGGAGAUUAACGUAACCGCGACCGACGGAACCCACUUCGCCGAUGUAGCGAGGGUACACUUUAAAUUGGUGAACGUGAAGAAGAAUUUGGGCACACGUACCGGUCUCCUAACGGACGAAGCUGGUGCUUUCGAGUGCAAGGAAACUGGAGUGGCCCGAAGACUGACAGAAGUUCUAGCCGCCGCCGAAAACAACAACAAACCACACGCUCAGGAAGAGUUCGCGAUGAUGCCAACAAGAUACGGCCAAAACGUUCACGCCCCCGAAUACAUCGACUUCCCCGUCGAAAUUAAGGUCAACGAAUCCGUCGCCCUCGGAACGACGCUGGUAAAACUAAAGGCGCGCGAUCGCGACCUCGGCUACAACGGCAAACUGAUCUACGGAAUCUCCGGAGGUGACGAGCACUCCGUCUUUUGCCUCGAUAUGGAAACGGGCGAAUUGAAAGUAAUUGGGUACUUGGACCGUGAAAGGGAAUCCGAGUAUUUCCUAAACGUAACCGUUUACGAUUUGGGAAAGCCACAAAAAUCCGCGUCUCGUUUAUUACCAAUUACCGUCCUCGAUGUUAACGAUAACGCCCCAAAAUUCGAAAAGGCGCUCGCCAGCUUUCGCGUUACCGAAAACGCGAUCAACGGAACGGUGAUCUUUAAAGUGAACGCCACGGACGCGGAUGCCGGCGACAACGCGAAAAUAACCUACACUUUAGUUACGGAAACUCGCGAUUUUUCUGUCGAUAAAGUUACCGGCGCCUUAACGGUUUCGAACAAUUUAGAUAGAGAACGACAGGAUUUAUAUGAGCUAAGAAUUCGGGCAACUGACGGAGGCGGAAAAGGUCCAGAUAAUCCGCCAUUGUACUCCGAAGCUUUAGUUAGAAUAUCAAUAGACGAUAUCAAUGAUAACGCGCCGAAAUUUGGUUUGUCCAGUUAUAACGUAAAGAUACGCGAGGACAUACCGAAAGGUAGCGUUGUUGCGGUCGUUACCGCUUCCGAUCCGGAUCUGGGACCCGAAGGCGAAAUCGUUUACACUUUGGAAGAUAGUGAUAGUGAUGGAACGUUCAAAAUUGAUAUUGUAUCGGGCACGAUCCGCACCACUAAAUCGUUGGACUUCGAAGAGCGACAGGUGCAUAGUUUAAUAGUGUUCGCAAAUGAUCGUGGAAAUCCUUCGUUGUCGUCCGAAACGUCGGUGGUGAUAAACGUUGUCGAUGUGAACGAAAACUUGUACGCUCCCGUAUUUAGCGAUUUUGUGAUAUCCGCGUCGGUUUUGGAAAAUCAGAAAGUCGGAACUGUUGUGAUGCAAGUUAACGCGACCGAUCACGAUCCGCCAGGGGAGGAUAGCCGAAUCGAGUAUUCUAUCAGAGGAGGAGACGGUAUUGGCAUUUUUUCCAUCGAUAAUAAAGGUUAGUGACGUCCGUUCUAACUGCGGUAUUGGUGAGUUUUUAAAUACUU